AGAGGGAUAAAAAAUGUUGCCAGAUUUUGUUUUUUUUAUCAGUAUCAAAAACAAACAGCAAACAUCAUGGAUGGAUGUUAGCUCUGUCCUUUCAGGUAAGUGACCCUCCCUGGAGCCGAGCCAGAGUUUUCAUACAGCGUCUGUUCUUUUGAAGUAACCCUGAUCCACGGUGCACUUGAACCUGCGCACAUACUCAAGGUUCAAAAUCAAGCUGUCGUCGGUGCAACAGGCUUUAUGGAGGAUCAUUAGUGGGUGAUCGCAGCAGCUUCUUCAAGUGGGACCCAGGUGUGGGGACAUUUUACCAAUUUCCUGUGAUGGUGCUCAGAGAACAGGAUAAAAGCACUGGCACGUUUACAGCAUCCGGCUGAAAUAUUAUUCAUGAAAACCCAAGGAAAACUGGCUGUUUUUUUUUAAACAUCUUGGUGACGUCAGCCCAACAGGAAUAACUGAGUUCAGGGUUAACUGAGUAACAAGAGAAAUAAAGAAAAAUAAGGAGAUAAAAAUCAAAUGGAAUGACAGAGGAGGUGGUGAGAGAUUAAGGUUGAUUAUUAAAUUCUCCCUGUCAAACACAAUCCAUGAAAAAACAUCCACAGUCUCUGUGUUUUUUCUGUGUGGAUUGUUGGAGGGAUGAUAACGGGGUCACAAGUGGUGGAGGUAUAAUGAGAAAAGAAAAAAAGAAAGAAAAGGAGAAGCUAAUUGUCCGGCCUGGACUAAUGAACAGCGCAGGUCUAAUUGGCUUACACUACUUGAGGUCUGGACUGCUGGCUGAGUAAAAUUGAAUCAAAGCUGUAGGACUUCACGUCAGAGCAGUUUUGUGUUGUGCUGGUAAUUGGCACUGCGGCGUCAGAGGGCCGCGGACAUGGAGAGCAGCCGAACAGGCGAGUGCAGCUGUGGAAUGGAAAAAUGUAUUAAAAAAUAAUUUUAAAUAUAAAUUUGUGUAGAUACGAUGUUUUAAUGCUAAAUUGAUAAUAUUUAACCCAGUCAAUUUUUCUAAAAACGUAUCGUAGGAAAUCGUUAUGAUUCGGUACGAUAUCAAAUAUAACGUAUUAAAACUGAUUUUAGUAGCUUUUGGGGAAAACAAACAUCUGCCUUUGUCUGGCUGGAUGUUUAACCUCAGUGUUGAUUGUGAUGCAACCGCCGCUGUUUGUUUGGCUGUAAACCUGUCGGUGUGUCGGUGUAAUGUACGGCUGUUUGUGUUGGCUGUUCGUCUGUUUGUCUUAUUAAAGAGAAUUUACUCUCAUUUACUUUUAUUUCUGGAUAAAUAAAACUAACAAUAAGGUCAAUUUUCAGCGGGUUUUUUACGUGGGUUACGUGGUAAUAUUUUAGAUAUUUUAAUGUCAGGAUGAGGACAUGUGAGUCGUGGCCUAUAUACUGUAUCUCCUGUUAGGUUCGACCUACAGGCCGACACCGAAGCUUUAACGGCACGCAGGCUCCCGCACUCACAAGCGAUUUGGUCUAUUUUUAUUCAAACAAAAGAAAGACGCAGCGGCGCAAACGUAGGAAAACAAUGUGCUGCGAGCGCUGCGCAAUUUCCCUAUUGUUCGUCUUAAAAGAAAAGACACGUGCACCCCAACACAAAUAAGGAGGAGGGAGAGGGCAAGCGUGUGUGUGUGUGAGUGAGUGUGUGUGUGCUGUUGAAGACACACGGGGGAUAAUAUAGGAGCAACACACACGCCUUCAGCCUGUUGAGAAAAGACCCCCCGCCCGCCCUCCCGCCCCUCCUUUCAGCACCCUGGACAGAGAACAGGCUGACCGUCGGUCACUUGUAGACGAGGUGAAGCCUCACACAGUGUCGGACUCUCAGUCUCACUCUCCUCAUCCAAACGCUUGACUUCUGACGUGUUUAUCUGUCUCCAUCUGACACGGAAUCGUUGAGCCACCCGACGACAGAAGUUUCCGUCCUGGGUUCCAGACAUCGACCCAGGUUCUUCUUUUUUUUUUGGAGGGAGGGGAGAAACAUCUGAACCGAGGGGAAACGCUCCCGAGAGGAUAAAGUUAAACUUUGGGUCGAAUUCGGGAGCUCAGUUAGACUGUUGUUGAACCGCAGGCGUGCUUCUCCGGGCGCCAGUACCUCAGCUUGGGACACGACUAUCAGGACGUUGUCCAACAUGUUGCUGGAACACCCGGGGUCAAGUUGUCAAAACAGCGGGAAUUUCCCUCGCUACAAUUCGGGCCAAGACAUCCCCGUGUGUGCAGGCUGCAGUCAGCACAUCGUGGACCGCUUCAUCCUCAAAGUGCUGGACCGUCAGUGGCACAGCAAGUGUCUGAAGUGCAGCGACUGCCAGGUCCAACUGGCGGAGAAGUGCUUCAGCAGAGGCGACAGCGUCUACUGUAAAGAGGAUUUCUUCAAGAGAUUCGGCACCAAAUGCGCGGCCUGUCAGCAGGGUAUACCGCCCACCCAGGUGGUCAGGAGGGCGCAGGACUUUGUUUACCACCUGCACUGCUUCGCCUGCAUCGUCUGCAAGAGGCAGCUGGCCACAGGAGACGAGUAUUAUUUGAUGGAGGACAGCAGGCUGGUCUGCAAGGCCGACUAUGAGACCGCCAAACAGAGAGAAGCAGAUUCAACCGCAAAAAGGCCACGGACCACCAUCACGGCCAAACAGCUGGAGACCCUGAAAAACGCCUACAAUAACUCUCCCAAACCUGCACGCCACGUUCGAGAGCAGCUCUCCUCAGAGACAGGCCUGGACAUGAGAGUUGUGCAGGUCUGGUUUCAGAACAGACGUGCUAAAGAGAAAAGGUUGAAGAAAGACGCCGGUCGUCAGAGGUGGGGCCAGUACUUUCGCAACAUGAAGCGGUCACGGGGAAGCUCCAAAUCAGACAAGGACAGCAUCCAGGAGGAAGGCAUGGACAGUGAUGCAGAGGUGUCCUUUACAGGUACAGUCCAUGUCCAAAAUCUGCCUCCAUCUUAUUAUUCCAUGUCUCCACCACUGUUACACCAACAUCUUCUCAGCUCUUCCUGUUGGUCCACUAUGUCUCCACCUGCUCUAUUUGACACCAUCUGGCCAACGUUGAUCAUAUCACUUUUAUCUUUGUGUUGCACAGAUGAGGACCAGUUCCACGACAUCCGCUCCAACAGCCCCUAUGGUCUUCCUCACUCACCAGGGUCGCUGCAGGCACUACCCAGACACCAGCCUCUGAUCUCCAGCCUGGUCUACCCUGACUCCGGCCUUUCUAUUAUGACUCAAGGCAGCGGGCCGGGAAUCAACCCUGCAGUCAGGGUCUCCAUGGGGCCAGCCAAUGGACCCAGCUCAGACCUGUCCACGGGCAGCAGUGGAGGAUAUCCAGACUUUCCAGCUAGUCCUGCUUCCUGGCUAGAUGAGGUCGACCAGGGACAGUUUUGAUUGAUUAUCUCCUAAAAGAGUUUGGACUGUUCUUCUUUUCAUUUUUUUGUGUCAUCUGUUGGAUUUUAGAAACUGGACAGUGACUGUGUAAAGGACUAAGUUAUCUUUGGACUUAAAUUCACCCAGAACUCUGAUUUGAAUGGAAGGAGGGAUGAAUAUGUCCUUCUUCAAAAAGCACUUGAGUAAAGAAUCUUCUAUGAGUUUAACUGUAUGAUAAGCACGUUGGAGUCUUUCCAAUAUAUGUCAUUUUCAGAUACCACAAUAAGCUUUUUUACUACCAUGUACAGUCUUACGGUGAACUCAGAACAUUUAGACAUCAAACGUCAGUAAUCCGACUCCUCGUCAAUGUUUUCUGUUUUCUACGGUGUGUCCAGGUGCGGAAUUCUGUUCAGAGAUCAGAGUCUUGAAAUGUCUGGUUGUUGCCAAAUGUCUACGUAUAUAUAGAUAUUUAUCAUUGUGGAGACUUUAUUUUUAUACAACCCCCUUGUUGGACACAAAUACGUACUCAGAUGUGAGGACUUUGUACAUUCUUACACGGGGAAAUAGGCAAUGUAGAUGUCGUCCUAAAUGAUCCACUUCAUUUCUAUGCAUUUGUGUGUUCUCAGACAGCCCUUCAAUUUGUUCUACUCAGAAAAACAAACUGAAAAAAGAACUAGGGUCUGAUGUAUGUGUUUGUUUAUGUGAAAAAAUGUUUUAUGUCUUAUUUAUUCCUCAUGGUGAUAAUGAUGAUGAUGAUAGUACAAUGAUAAGACUUUAAUAAAUUUGUCACCUUAAGCUUGAUUCAGCUGGCUGGAGUAAACACAUUUUUGUCAAAACACAGGGAUAUUGUCAGGGACGGGGGAAGUUGCACUGGUUUUCUUGGUUCAUUGAUGAUUGAUGAGGCAAAACAGAAAAUGUUAGGGAAUAAUCACAACCAUAGUUUUCUUGUUUGAUGUUUCAUAAUUUUAAUAAGAAAUCUGGACUGCAGGCAGACCAGUAAGUUUUAUGGAGGGAUUUUGUGAUAUUUUAUCACAUCUGGAGAAUUCUCCUGCUAUGGCAACUGAUGACUAUUACUUCCGACUAACUAGUUUUUACCCAAAGCAAAGUACAAACACGAGCUACGGACCACAGUACCAUCUGAACACCAAGUGGUGAGCGCUGAACUCGUCUCCCUUAAGAAGACUGAGCUACUGGUGAAUUAUAUAUUAAUUUUUUUCUGGAAGUCAGGUCUGUACAUUCUACUCGGACUAAAGUGUCAGAAUAUUUAUUGCCAAAGUUCACAAUACUAAGUCAAUAAAACAAGUACUUUCAACGCUCAUUUUUCUUUUUAUCUCUCAGGCAGCAUCUCUGCUGCACAUUUAUCUUACAUAAUUGUGGCUUAUCACAGCACUGCCAGUGAAACCAGAGUCUGUCCACAGUUCUGGCUGCGUCUGCAAAUUGAGUCUCUGGCUAACUACCAACGCUGUAUCACGGGUUCAACAGCUCUUUAGUGGAGAAAUUUGAUGCAGACAGAGUCAACUCAUCAAUUCAGAGAUUACUGGGUCUUGUUUGCCCAAAUGCCGCUGUGGGAAAGGAAUCUCCAAUCCAUUAGCUGAGGAGGGAUCAAAUGCCCCAUGUGAAUUUCCUCAUUUGUUUAGUUAAUUCAAAGUCAGGUUCAAUUAAAUAGAUUAAACCCUGUGCAGGUGUCUGUUUGUGUCAGUUGUGCAUGUGAGUUUAAACGUGCAUGAGUACAUGUUUAUAUAGAUGGUUCACAAACCAGUUCUUCCAGUUCUAUCACAUCUUAUAUCUACUUUAAUGAUAGCAACAUUUAUUAAUUUUCAUUUAAUUUUCCUAUUUUUUAUCAAUAUAGCUAUUUUAAAAGUUCUAGGUUUCUAGUGGCAGUGAAAGGUAUGUUAGAUCACCACAUAUUGUUACCUGAUGUGAAACACAUUCCCCAGACUACAUUAAAGAUCAUUUAUCCUGUUCAAACACCAUGUAAAAGAGGACUUUCAAAUGGUGUUUUUUUUUUAAAGAAAUGUAGUAUUUUUUCAGUACCUCUUGACUUACCCUCAUAAUUUUUGUUUGUUUUUUUCCUUUUUUACGUAACAUGUCAUAGUUGUGAGUGUGUGCGUAUUUCAAGUGUUUUUUUUACCUAGAUGAACAUCUGUGUGUCAUCUACAUAAUGUCGAAUAAUAAUUUGUUUUGAGAAAAGUAACGGUACAAAUCUUAUCUUUAAACAAUUAGUUCGAUUAUCUUUCACCCAUUUUCUCCUCUCUUAUUUAACUUGUAAAUAGAUGAAAGAAGCUGAAUCCUACCAGCUGAGUGGCAGGUUUUAAUGUGGCCCCACAAAAGCAACAUGUGUGUAACCUGAGUCCAGAGUGUUUGGCAAAGACAGGGGUGAGAGUGAAGUGUCAAAAGGCUGUGUUUUUCUCCCUACAUUAUCCUUCCUUUGUCAUUUUACUUCUUGGGUGAGUUUUAAGGGAUACGUAGCUUAUUUGGACAAAUACAUUUAGAACAAAAAGGAAGUACUUGGCUUAAAAGUCUAAACUAAAAGCCAGAAUCUGACCGUGUUAUCUACUUGUGGUAAACCAGAGCUCAGAUUUUUUACUAUACUUUUCAGCUUGGCUCAUGUUGCUAGUGUGAGAAUUACCUGACCACAACAUGAACCCAUCACAGAAAAUACCAGGGAUUAUCUCCCCCUACUCUUCUGGAUUAAGGUGGGAAACUUCUUUUUUUUUUCUUUUUUUUUUUGGAGUUAGAAAUUAGGUUAGGUUGGGUAUGCAAUUUUGUAAAUGGGCCCAGAGGAAGGUGAGUAUUUUUGGGCAGGUGGUAACUUUAACAAUGUAAAUGCUGGUAGUGUCGCCAUAAGACACGUACAUGGAGUAGAUAAAGAAAGAAAUACUAAGAAAGAAAUACAAAGAAAUGAUUUUAUCUACAUUUAAAGAAGAAUGUUGUUGUAGACGGUAACACAUUUUCUGUACCUUAAAAAUCAAACCAAUUGUUUUCUGCACGUUUGUUCAUACAUGUAUAAGAGUGAAUUUAAAUAUUUAACUUUGUGCAUCACAACAUCGUUAAUCAUGUUAACCAACUUUUGGAGGGAAACUUGUUGAAUAUUCAUGCAAGGAGAAUACGGGGCCGCUGCCUUUAUUUUGUUGUUGUCACAUAUUAUGGCUCACAAAAUUCUUUAUUUUAUGUUUCUGACACUUUUACUUGCAGUGUUUAUAUGGCCAUUCAUUGUGGCAUAAAAUAUUUUUUUGCAAUAGAAAUUUAUACCAACAGCCAUCGCCAUCACUAGUGCAUGACAAGAAGGAGAUUCUGA